ACGAUCAGGUUCGCCUGUAACCAGAACUUUCUACGAUGCGACUUGGAGUUAUUUUUGUCACAUUAUGUAGCUGCUUUUUAACUCGAAAGAGAUGCGGCGCGGGGAACCUCUCCCCCAAGCCUUCCAGGCUCCGGUGGAUGUACAUGCUAGUGAGGAUGGGCAGGUGUACAUGUUCAGAAGCAAACAGGAAGACCUGGUUGCUUCUUCAGAGGAUGAAGAGCUCAACAUCAUGGAACUCCGCCCACGGAACCGGGACACUUCCUCCCAGGAGCAAAACAGCGUGGGAGAACUAUUACUGCUCGAGAGAAAAAUUUCUCAUGAGGACAACCUCAAUAAACUGGCCCUACAGUAUGGAUGCAAGGUGGCUGAUAUUAAACGAGUGAACAACCUUAUCAAAGAGCAGGAUCUGUAUGCACUGAAAUCCAUCAGAAUCCCUGUGAAGAAGCAUGGUCUGCUAACAGAGACUAACCCCGAACUCAAGGAUCCUCAGAAAAGGCCUUCAAGUCCAUCGCCACCACUUCCUGACCAGCUGCAGAACAUUUCUGGGGAAGGCCCCUCUGUCAGGCCUCAGGUGCAGGAGUAUACGGACUUCCUCAAAGAAGUGGACAAUGACAUUGAGCGCCUGAUCCAAAACACAGAGGCACAGGAGGAGGUGUUUGGAGGUAGCUCUGAUGGAGCCAGGCGCUGGGGCUCAAGAGGCAAGCGUUUGAAUGGCUAUGGUGCGGACUGGGGCAUCCAAUGGUGGAACGCUGUGAUAGCUAUGUUGCUCAUCGGUAUUGUCUUACCAAUAUUCUAUGUGGUGUACUUUAAAACUCAAGAUAGCGGGGAGUCUGCGGUGGAUGGUGGAGUGACAAAUGGCACUCUAGCUACCUCAAAUAAUUCAGGAUCGAGCUUCAGUACGGCUACCCCUAACGGUUUGAGUAGGAACCACUUCAACAAACCAUAGACAGAAAUGAAACAGACAGUGCAAAUACUGCAUAGGAUGUGUGGCUUUUUAAUACUGUGGUUAUACAAUCAUCAGUACUUUACAGAUUUAAGAGUUUAAUAUUAUUACAAAAGGGCUGUUGAACUACACUAACAGCCAAAAUAAACUGAAUUAAUUCAGAGCUUCAAGAAACCUUUAGUAAUUAGCUCACCCAGGACAUAUAAUUACUUUGUUAUUGGUAAUAUUAUACCAUUUACAUGAAAUCCAUUGACUCAGUGUGAAAAGACCAUCCAAAAAUGCUAAUAUUAAAAAAAAGUAGGCCUGAAGAGGCAAGUUAGCAUUAUGCAAAUAUAGCCAUGCUAACCUUUUGUUCUUUUUAUGGUCAUUUUGAUAAGUAACAGCUAGCAACUGAAAAGGGAGAAUUACACUUUCAUGUAAAUGAAAAGUUCUCCACAGCCAAAUGUAUUCUCUUGUUUUACAAUUAUGGAAACACCAAAAAGUAAUUUAACGAAAAGACAUGAAGAGUAAAGGUAUGUUCACAUAAUGUUCGCAAUAUGUUCACAAAUUUGGUGUGCGGUGCUUUCAACAGCAGCAAAAUGCACUACUCCAGCACUCUUUGCUUACGACAAACGUCACUUUGCUAUGACAGUGCAGUCAGAUAAUGUUUUAACAGAGUAUUGUACAGUUCAGGGAAUACAGCAAUGCAUCAUUUUAUUGGUAUUCUCCAUUUUUAAGUGGGAAGAAAUACCCUAUUGUGAUUGGCCGCACGCUUCAAGGUCAGCUCACAAUGGACUCACAGUUCAACAAAAAUGACUAUUAAAAGUGAUUGUGAACAUAUCUUAACUCAGCAGCCAAUGCUUAGAAUCACUGACAAGACACCAUUGGUGUGAUAUUCAUGUGUAGCAGUACACCUUUGAUUUAGAGUUUGAUAUUUUAUAAUCCCUGAUUAGAAAGGCUUUAAUGCUGUGUACUAUAGCCCUUCACUGGUUUAGUGCUGGUCACACAGGAAGUCUAGAACUAGACCUGGACAGACUAAGUAGGUCAGUUUGUGAAAUUUUCUUUUACUUGUUUGAAUUCUACCCUUUAUCUUGUUAGAAUUAAAGUAGAGGAAUUCUGUAUAACACUAGUACAUUUUGGGUAUUUUUCACUGUGCUAUGUGACAAUGUUAUACCAAUGGUGCCAAUGAACAUAAUUACAUGUUGUUUUUGUAUAUGGUUAAGUGCAAUAAUCUUCAUUUAAAUGAAAGUAUAACAGUAUUUCUACAGCUACAAACAUGAUAUUAAUUGUGCUCAGCCUACAGAGGAAAAUUUCUUCUUUUAUUUUAUUAUUUUUCAAGAAGUGUUCCUAAAACCCUGUUUUCAACAAAAUCUACAGUAAGUGACUCUGAAGCUCCUGCCAAUUGUGCACAAAUAAUAAAUCCUUCAAUCACAAAGACUG